GGUGCCGCGCCGUCCAGCCGGGUCCGUGCAGGGGCCCGACCCCAGCCCCAACGGCGCUGCCGCCGCCGCUGUUCCCCGCCCGGGCCCGGCCCAGCUCCGGCUCCGGCUCCCAGCGGUGCGGGCUCCGGGCUCCCCCGAGACGCGUUUGGCUGCCGGAGACAGAGUCCUUUAAAUCCCAGCCGACAGCGAAGCAGCCCAGGAGCCAGGAGGCUGGUGUGCAGCUGCCCACGCAGACCUUGCUGCUGGCUCCCAGAAGGUGCUGGCAGGGCAGGGGAUGUAGCUUAGCUGGAAGUUUGCUCCUGUCCUUGUGGUCCAGUCAGCCUGCUGAGAUGUGCAGCCUCCUCCCCCUGCUGCUGUCCCCUGAUCCCGGGCAGGCGGUACCAGCUAUCCAGGGCCUAUUGGGUGACCUCCAGCUGGACAAAGAAAGCACGCUCGAGGCUUUCCUGGGAGAUGCCAAAUGUGAGGAGUACUUGUGGGCUCUCUGCAAGCUUUUGGCUGUUCCUGAUGUCAGGCUGUGCAGCUAUGCCGCCUACAUCCUGGGGACCAUUGCAGAACAUGAGACUGGAGUGGCACGCCUGGUGGCACUGGCAGAGGGCCAUGAUUCAGACUCUGGGGUUCUCCUGGGCAUGCUGAGUGCCAUGCUGACCUGGGACGAUGGAGAGGCUGUGAUGAAUGCAGCAGGCACCCUGGCCUCUCUGGCGGAGACAGGUCCCGGCCGGCAGUGGCUCCUCCGGGACCCGAAAGCUGAGGAGGUCAUUGAGAAGCUUGUGGUGCUGCUGGGCUCGACUGAUAGACAGACGGCCAGCAACUCUGCCUUGGUGCUGGCCCGACUCGCUAUCACCCGUGAGGGCUGCAGAAGGCUGCUGAGCCACCCCCAGGCUGAGCAGCUCCUGAGGCAGCUCAUCACAUGCUUGGAGGCAGAGGAAGCAGGCUGCAGAAUGAACGCCGCCUUCGCACUGGGGCGCCUGUGUGACAUGGACCUUGGUCCCCCCCGGCUCCUUGCCCUCCCAGAAGCCACCAGCAUGGUCCAUGCCCUGGUGUCUGUGAUGGCCAGUGGGGACUCAGGAGGGAGCCGCAAUGCCUGCUUCGCACUCAGCUGCCUGGCUGCCAGCAGAGAGGGACAUGGCCAUGUCAUGCGUAGCCCUGCCUUCCCCUGGGCCCUGGAUACACUCUGCCACCUGCUUUGUGCAGAGGAGCAGGAGUCCUCCUGGUUCGCUGCCAUGACAAUGAGAGUGCUGGCCAGCCAGCGCCCAGGUGUGGUGAAGCUCCGACAGCACCCCCACCUGGAACGUGCUCUGCAGCAAUUGUCUGUUUCGAAGACAGCCGGGAAGGAGCUGUUGGAGGAAGUGACCGUCACCCUGGCCAAGCUCCAGCGCCCCCCUAAGCCCCUUCCCCCAGAAGCCAAGGUGCUGGAUUCUGGGGCAAUCCAGGUGUCCUGGAAAGGCUUUAGGCCUCGGAGCGAGCUUGAGGUCCAUUACAGGCUGUAUGAGAGUGGUGCCCUGCUGUACAGAGGUCCAGCCUGUCACUACAUCUUGGCAAGCAGCAUGCCAUGCCCCAAAUACCAUUUCCAGCUGUGCCUUGAGAUGGAAGAGGACUGUGGUCCUUGCAGCGAUACUACAGUGUUACGUGGAGAAGAGCCCAUGCCCAGCUGUCCCUUGGAUUUUCAGGUUGUAGGUCGCACAACCACUCAGCUGAAGCUGAGCUGGGCUCCCCCGGCCAUGCCCAAUGGCACCAUUAAACACUACAUGGUAUACCGGGAAGGGACAGUGGUGGGGACCACCUCAGAACUUGGCUGCAUUGUGGGAGGCCUCUCCCCAGGUAUGAGCUACCGGCUCAGUGUCUGUGCAUGCACCAGCACAGCCAAAGGGGAGAAGGCCUGGCUGCAUGCCAAGACGCUGUCUGUGGGGGGUCAUGCCCCUGAGAGAUUAACUCUUGUGAUCCUGGGGCGCAGUGAGAUCCUAGUGACCUGGGACGUGCCCAAGAUGCCUCUGGGCCGCUUUUUCAACUACGAGCUGUGCCUGAAUGGAAAGGUGGUCUACCUGGGUACCCAGCGUUCUUAUGUGGCCCGCAGGCUCACGCCUAACACAGAGUACACCUUCACCGUCAGCGCCAUCACCAGUGAGGGGCGCAGCGUCAGCCGCCCUGUCACCAAGUGUACCCUCAGAGACGAGUAUGGGAACAUCAGCAGGUGCCAUUACUCCUUCCCUUGGAGAAGUCAGUUGGCAGCUCCUAGCAAGACCCCAGACAUCAGGAGCCAGGAACCAGGAAAGGACAGAGGCGAUGUGAAAGUGUCACCAAAGCCUUCUCCUGCCAAGACUCCAGGGCUCCCUCUGAAGUUGAGCAGAAGGGCCAGUAAGAUUCAGGAGGGUGAGAGCACCUUGCAACCUGCUGGCAAAGCCAGGACAGACUCUUCUCUCUCCUUCUCCACAGAAUGCAGCCAGGAUAUUCACAUGCCUGUCCUCACCAAGGGGAGACAGAAAGAUUCCACUAAGCACCCCAACCACCCGACUGCCCCAUUUCACAUAGACACCAGGCAACAAGAGCAGAGGGUAUUGAACACAAUGAGCUCCCACAAGCAGCCUGCACCUCAGACCAGCAGGGAACAUGGCUCUACCAGCCCAGGGAAGACAAGGAAGCCCCUAGGCCCAAAGCUGGCAAUGGCCCUCCCUUUCACCUGCUCAACUUGGCAGGGCUCUUGCACUCCAAGAGCAGCAAACCCUCUUCCCAGACCAGCCCUAUUGCAGAGGAGACAUAGGCACACUGAAUCGAAACAGCAGGAGCUGAGCUGUAGGCACUACAGCCCCUUGGAGAGCAGGGGGCAGCUCAGAGCUCCAUGUGGGAGUGAGCAUCUUCCAGGGAUGACCCAGACAAGGUUUAUCCAGGGCUGUGUCCCUGUCCUGACAGAGAAGCAGCAGCUGUUGGGGCCCUGGAAGACACUUGCACCCAGGAAAGGGUUCAUGGGGGGUUGUGCACAACGCCAGCCGCCUCCCCAGGCCCGACGGUUUCAGCCACCUUCUCCAGCUCACCAGGGAGACAAGAGCUUGCACUGGAAAUCAAACAGCAAACACAGGGACCAGUGCAGUCAUUCUCAACCAGGGAGCUGCGGCACAUGCAGGUGCUAUGAGAUCCUUUUCGAUGUGCCACGCAAUAUUUGCCCUGUUAAGUGUUCCAGCACCUACGUGUGACUCACAAGAGAAACCCAGAGAUUUCAAAUAGGAAUCCAGAGGGCCACGGACAUUUCUGACCUGUUAGGGUCUUUCUGAGUUCUUUGCAACAAGACUUGCUCCAUUAUUUUGUGCUUUUGCUUCCCAGGGACAGUAGCCCUUGGAUGGGGCCUGUCUUGUCCUGGUGGGCAAUGACAGGGCUGUGUCCAGGGGAACUGUGGUCAUGGGGGAAAACCUGCGCUGUGUCCAUGGCCUGAUUCUGCCUUGAAUGAGCCCUGGGGGAGGCAGUGUCUUUCCUGGAGCCUGGAUUUCCCCGUGUCCCAACCUGGGUUUUGUU